UGAAAACGAAAGUCGCGGGUUCUGAAGACCUCCGUCCGGCAAUUCAGUCCUGCAGGAGCUUGAGGGGUCCGGAUUCUGCCGCCAUGGGCCUCUUCACCACUGUCUGCUCAGCUGCCCUACUGAUCUUGUGGGACGUUGUCCUCCUCCAUUUGCUAGACCUGCAGCAGCUCUCCUUGGCCCCGUUGGGGGUCCCUGCAAUUUGGCUGGAGGCCGUGCUGCGUCUGAUAGGUCUCUUGGGACUCCGGGGGCUGCUGUUUAUGUCCCAGCCCUCCCAAAUCCCUCCUGCAGCUGUGGGGACCUUGUGUCUGUUGCCCCCUAUUUACUAUUCAGUGGGGCACUGGUUUGGAGACCCCCCUCUUCUGCUCUCUUCAGCCCCUUGGUCCUGGCUGCUGCUGGGCUAUGGGGCGGUGUGCCUUGCCUGCAUCACCUGGGGGGCCCUGCAGCUAGGAGGCAGCAGAGGAGAAACCAAGAAAGAAGACAAGGCCACGCUGUGGAAGUUGGUGAGGCUGUUCCGUCCGGACGCCCCCUUAAUCGGCGGGGCUUUUGUGUUCCUCACUAUGGCAGCGAUUGCUGAAAUAUUCAUCCCCCACUAUACGGGACGUGUCAUUGACAUCUUGGGCGAGAAAUAUGACUCGGAGGCCUUCUCAGGUGCCAUCUUCCUUGUCUGUCUGAUGUCCCUUGGCAGUUCGUUGUCCACCGGCUGCCGUGGGGGCCUCUUCACGUUCAUCAUGUCCCGGAUGAACAUCCGAGCCCGUGGCCUUCUCUUCUCUUCUCUGGUGCGGCAGGAUCUGGCGUUCUUCCAGGAGGUGAAAACAGGGGACCUGGCCUCCCGCCUCUCCAAAGAUACGGCCAUGAUGAGUCGUUCAGUGCCGUUCAACACCAACGUCUUCCUGCGCAGCCUCAUCAAGGCCGUCUGGCUGUACGGCUUCAUGUUCAGCCUCUCGCCCCGCUUGACUCUGCUGACCCUGGCCAAGACCCCACUCAUCGUGGCCCUCCGGAAGGUCUACGACAGUCGACACCAGGCUUUGCUUCAGGCGAUCCAGGACUCCCUGGCACGCUCCGGGGAGGUGGUGCGCGAAACACUCUCUUCCAUCAAGACAGUGCGCAGCUUUGCCACAGAGGAGGAAGAGUCUGAACGCUACGAUGCGGCCUUGGCCGAGACCCAGCGGCUCAAAAACCAGCGAGAUUUUGAGUGGGCGCUGUAUCUGUUCAUCCAGAGGUUGAUUAAUCUGGGCCUCCAGCUCCUCAUGCUCUACAUCGGGUACCAGCAGAUCUGUUCUGGCUUGUUCACCAAGGGGAACCUGGUCUCUUUUAUCUUCUACCAAGAGGAUGUGGGCAGGCACGUACUGACCCUGGUGUACAUGUACGGAGAUCUCCUGAGCAAUGUGGGGGCUGCAGAGAAGGUGUUUGAAUACCUGCACCGGGAGCCACAGGUCCGCACAGAGGGGACUCUAGCCCCAGCCGUCCCUCAAGGCCGCGUCUCCUUCCGAAACGUUUCCUUCUGCUAUCCGUCCCGCCCGGACGUACAGGUCUUAAAGAACGUCUCCUUCGAGCUCCGCCCCAGAGAGGUGACGGCGCUGGUGGGCCUGAACGGCAGCGGGAAGAGCACCUGCGUGGCUCUGCUGGAACGGUUCUACGAGCCCCAAUCCGGGGAGAUCCUGCUGGACGGGGUCCCGAUCCAGGAGUAUGAGCACAAGUACCUGCACCGCCAGGUGGCGCUGGUGAACCAGGAGCCGGUGCUUUUCUCUGGGUCCAUUCGGGACAAUAUUGCCUAUGGGGUGGAAGGCUGCAGUGAGGAAGACGUCAUCAGGGCAGCGAAAGACGCCGAUGCCUUGGAGUUCAUCAAGGAGCUGGAAGGAGGGUUUGCUGCAGAUGUGGGUGAGAAGGGGGGCCAGAUGUCUGUGGGGCAGAAGCAACGCCUGGCGAUCGCCCGAGCCCUGAUCCGUAACCCCAAAGUCUUGAUCCUGGACGAAGCCACAAGUGCCCUGGAUGUGGAGAGUGAAGCUGCUAUCCAGAAGUCGGUGCUCAGCGGCCAAGGCCGAGUGGUGCUGGUGAUCGCUCACCGCAUGCAGACGGUGGAGAAGGCAGACAAGAUUGUGGUGCUGGAAGGCGGGAAGGUGACACUGCAGAGGACAGAGGCCCCAACCGUGAAGGUGGCCCAAAAGGCAGGCUACGAUGGCCGGGAGACCCUCAUCUGCCGGGCCCACGGUUUCUACCCCAAGGAGAUCGAGGUCACCUGGAUGAAGGAUGGGGAGGACCAGAAACCGGACACUUUUACGGGAGGUGUCCUCCCCAACUCAGACGGGACCUACCACACCUGGCUCAGCAUCGAGGUGGACUCCCAGGAGAGGGACCGCUUCCGGUGCCAGGUGGCUCAUGACAGCCUCCCAGAGCCCCUGGACUUCACCUGGGAGGAGCCAGCCUCCAACUUGGCGCUCGUCUUGGGCUUCGUCGGGGGUGUCCUGGCUGCUCUCAUCCUGCUGACUGCUGGGGUCGCCUUCUGCAUGAAAAAACGGCAAGAGCAGCGCUACAUAGCAGCAGCAAUUGCUGUGCCUGAAGCAUAAGAAGAGAACAAAGAGGACCUACUCAAGGAUUCAGGGGAUCGCUUUACUCACCUAAUACAAGAUGGCGCCGAGGUAGCAGCAGCAGAAGCAGCAGCAGCUUUAAUCUCUGUCCAAAACCUCUAAGACCUCUCUUCAGAAGGAAAGUCCUAAGCUGUUGGAGUUUGUCUUCAAUAAACUUUCCAGCAAAGACAGGAUAUUUGAGCCACUACAGAAGACGUUAGAGAUGGAGAUUUAUAGAGAUGGAGUACUACCCUGCCUGCCGUUUCUGCUGCCCUCAUUUGGCCGCACCCACAUCCCAGCACUGUUUUGGCUGGUUUUGGCCGGCUGCGCUACGCUACCUAGGGGAGUUCUCCAGGCUAUCUGGUGACUUUUCAAUGACUUCCUGGCUCCUUGGGGAGUUUUUCUGGCUUCCUGGUGGCUGAUGUUGGCCCUGUUUUUGGCAGCAGUAGAGUGGAGUGGAAUGGAAUGGAGCAGGACCGGUGACUGCAAAGCGGGGUCCCCAUAGGCCUUGGUUUUUCAACGACUCUCUUGGACUGAUACAGUGGCAAAGGUGACCCCCUCCCCCAGAGACUGUAGAAUGGAGUGGAGCAGAAUGGGGAGUGGAACACAGUGGGGCCGCCCGCUGAACUGUUGUCAUCCCUGUGGCUAUUGUUGUUGAUGCCGCCACCGCUGUUGUGCACUUUAGAUGAUUCUUGGUGAGGCAGUGGCCUGAAUAUUAGACUGGUCUGUCAGCCUGAAGAGGGUGAAGAUAGCUGUGACUAUAAGUGUGGAGAAAUUGUCUAUUUUAGUCUAACAGCAGUCAUGUUUGAGAGGCCCUUUCCUUCUCAAAAUAAAAUCUGCUUUGUAAUUUUCUUUUCUUUGUUAAGUGAUAAUGUGUGUAGCCUGUGCUUAAUUGGCAAAGUGAUUGUAUUGGCUUAAUUGGCAAAGUGAUUGUAAGUUUGUUCUGUCAUAGCCUUUCACGAUUGUAAGGACCCAACCCUUUUUCCUGAUUCUCUUGGAAGUGCUCCAUAUCAGCCUGCCUUGCACCCGAAAAGGAUUCUUUUUCAUUUGGUUACUGUACAAAACCUAAGGCUACACAGUUAUAUAUUUUUUUAUUUUAUUGUUUUAGUUUUAAUAUUAUUUGUUUUGGCUUUAACCCAGCUUCCUUUCUGGUUUUUUUUGCAAAUGUCGUUAUAGAUGUUACUAAGGGUUAUUUGCCUCCAAAUAAAA